CUGCGGCCCCGGCUCUUCCGCCGCUCCAGCUCUGGCUCUCCCUUGAACAGCUCCUGGAGAGAACAAGGCGUGCGGAGCUCGGAUCACCAGCAUCAUGCUCCUCGGGCUUGGAUCGUAGAUCCCCCUCUCUGAACCCCGAAACAACUCCAUCGUCUUUCAGCGUCCCAAGCAGACCCAGCGAGAAAACAAGCACGUGAGAGAGAGAGGAAAGAAAGAGGAGGAAGACAAAAAUCUGCAUCCAAGGGGACUAAAGCAAAGAAAAAGAGUGCUUUGCUUGCACAGCUGCGAAGUGGGAAUUUAAAGAGCUGCAGAGAGAGAAAUUCCAGCUCAUCAGCACAUACACACUGCAGAAUUACAGAUCCAGGUAGAAAUGACAUCAACAGGGAAAGAAGGCAGCGGAGCUCAACAUGCACAAUAUGUUGGACCCUAUCGUUUGGAGAAAACCCUAGGAAAAGGACAGACAGGGCUUGUGAAGUUGGGGGUUCACUGUGUCACGUGUCAGAAGGUCGCGAUAAAAAUUGUCAACAGAGAGAAGCUCAGUGAGUCGGUGCUAAUGAAGGUGGAGCGGGAAAUAGCCAUCCUGAAGUUGAUAGAACAUCCCCAUGUUUUAAAGCUGCAUGAUGUUUACGAAAAUAAAAAAUAUUUGUAUUUGGUGCUAGAACAUGUGUCAGGUGGGGAGCUCUUCGACUAUCUCGUAAAAAAGGGAAGAUUGACACCAAAAGAAGCCAGGAAGUUCUUCCGACAAAUCAUCUCUGCUUUAGACUUCUGCCAUAGUCAUUCAAUAUGCCACAGGGACUUAAAACCAGAAAACCUACUGCUGGAUGAAAAGAACAACAUCCGGAUAGCAGACUUCGGGAUGGCAUCGCUGCAGGUUGGGGACAGCUUGUUAGAAACCAGUUGUGGAUCACCACAUUAUGCUUGUCCUGAAGUCAUCCGGGGAGAAAAAUAUGAUGGAAGGAAAGCAGACGUCUGGAGCUGCGGAGUCAUUUUGUUUGCGUUGCUAGUGGGUGCUCUGCCUUUCGAUGACGACAACUUGCGGCAACUGCUGGAGAAGGUGAAGCGUGGAGUGUUCCACAUGCCCCAUUUUAUCCCUCCCGACUGUCAGAACCUUUUGCGGGGGAUGAUUGAAGUGGAUGCCUCGAAACGUCUCACGCUAGAACAUAUUCAGAAACACAUAUGGUAUAUAGGGGGUAAGAAUGAGCCAGAACCAGAGCAACCAAUCCCUCGAAAGGUGCAGAUUCGUUCUCUGCCUUCCUUGGAGGAUAUUGAUCCAGACGUGUUAGAUAGCAUGCACUCGUUAGGCUGCUUCCGUGACCGAAAUAAACUCUUACAGGACUUGUUGUCGGAAGAAGAAAACCAAGAAAAAAUGAUUUAUUUUCUUCUGCUUGACCGGAAGGAGAGGUAUCCUAGUCAUGAAGAUGAGGAUCUUCCCCCUAGAAAUGAAAUAGAUCCCCCCAGGAAGCGUGUGGACUCCCCAAUGCUGAACAGGCACGGGAAGCGGCGGCCGGAGAGGAAGUCCAUGGAGGUUCUCAGCGUGACAGAUGGAGGAUCCCCAGUUCCUGCUCGUAGAGCUAUUGAAAUGGCACAGCAUGGACAGAGUAAAACAAUGUUCAGUAAAAGCCUGGAUAUCUCUGAAGCCAAUCCCAAAUUCAACAAAGAAGAAAGGAUGGCGAGUGCUGAUCCAUUGGGGUCUCGGUCAAUCAGCGGAGCAUCGUCUGGGCUCUCCACCAGUCCUCUCAGCAGUCCAAGGGUCACCCCUCACCCCUCUCCAAGGGGAAGUCCCCUCCCUACCCCCAAGGGGACACCUGUUCAUACGCCAAAGGAGAGCCCAGCAGGCACACCCAACCCAACACCACCAUCCAGCCCCAGCAUUGGAGGAAUGCCUUGGAGGACACGGCUCAACUCCAUCAAGAAUAGUUUCCUGGGGUCUCCUCGCUUCCAUCGUCGGAAAUUACAAGUACCUACACCAGAAGAGAUGUCUAAUUUAACCCCAGAAUCAUCCCCAGAGCUUGCCAAAAAAUCCUGGUUCGGUAACUUCAUCAACUUGGAGAAAGAAGAACAGAUUUUUGUGGUCAUUAAGGACAAACCAUUAAGCUCCAUUAAAGCUGAUAUAGUCCACGCUUUCCUCUCGAUCCCAAGUCUCAGUCACAGUGUCAUCUCACAGACAAGUUUCCGUGCAGAAUACAAGUCCACAGGAGGUCCUGCUGUCUUCCAGAAGCCAGUGAAGUUCCAGGUGGACAUAACAUACACAGAAGGGGGAGAGGCGCAAAAGGAGAACGGGAUCUAUUCUGUCACUUUCACACUCCUAUCAGGUCCAAGCCGUCGCUUUAAGAGGGUAGUAGAAACCAUUCAGGCACAGUUGUUAAGCACACAUGACCAGCCUUCAGUGCAGCAGUUAUCAGACACCACUAACUGUAUGGAGUUGAUGACUGGCAGACUUUCCAAAUGUGUCCCUUUUCUGCAGUGAAGCUGAAUGCUGCCCUGCUAGCUGCUGUCUCCCUUGGUUUCCUGCUAUUUGUUGAGACAGGAAUGCUGUGUUAUUUAAUUCCAUUUUGCAUCCACCCCCUUCUUCCCCAGAUGUCCUUGGGGCAUGACACUUUUAAAUUCUCCAUAAGACAUAUGGCAUAUUAUGUGAGACACUUGGCUAGAGUAAACUGUCUUAGUUCCACUCUGGACUUGGGGAAGGAUGUUGUGUCUCUAACUGAAGGAGCAGUGAAUCUACUAAAUCUUGCUAGGAAUAAGAAAAAAGCUUCCUGCAAGCCUUUCAGCUCAGCUUGCUUGGGCUUACAUGAAUUUUGGUUAACUUGUCCCUAGCCUUCCCUCCCCUCUGCACAUGUGGACUUUAUUCUUUCUUUCAGGACUUGUGCCUCUACUCACUGGUCCAAAUACAACAGUGGAAAUGCCCAAAUGCUAAGGGAGAUGUUUCUGUCUUACUAUUCAUGUCUUGUACAGAAAGAUUCUGUAUGAGAGAACUCUGUUCUCUUUAGAUUUCCAUCCUGGUAUCUAGGUUGAGUUCAAAUAUCUCUGUGAAAGGGAGGACAAGAUGUUAGGGACAUGUUCACUGAGCUGGUGCUGCUCUCCAGCUGGACCUGCAGCUGCCACACUCUCUCUUCAUUAACUGAAGAAAGUUGUUCUGGAGUCUGUAGCCAUAAAGGGAAGUUGUCAUGGUGGAGAUAAUGUUAGGUUUAUGCAUGUGUGACUGAGGCAGAAUUUGGCCUGUGUUUCAGGCAAUCUCUUUCCCUUAAGUGGCAGCUUUGCUGAUGGGAGUUUUUCCUUUGCCCUGAUAGGAGUUCAUUUGAUUUCGUAGGGUGACUUUUCUGAUCUUAUGAAGACUCAUUUCAGACCUUUAGCUUCUUGAAGUCAUCAGACAGCAAAUUCCUCUUCUUCCUCAAGACUUCAUUUCUUGCCUGGAAUCUGGCAUUCACAUCAUACAAAAAUACUGAAAUGCCGAUCCUGCUGAUUAGCUUGCAAGUUAAUUGAGCUAUAGAGAUAACAACCAGGCAGCACCCUGCAUUCCCUAGAUAGAGAGACCACUGCUCACUCACAGUUCAUGCAGGCCCUCCAGCUGUCACCGAGUCAGCAGCAAUCCAACAGGGGACACAGAGGACAAGGUGAAGGCCAGCAGGAGACUGUUUUGUGGCAGCUACAGCACAGACAGAGAGAGAGAGAGAGAGGAGACAGGAUGGCCUAUAGGAGUUUAAUGGAGCUGCUUCCUUUGAAUCACAUUCCUGUUGGUGAGCUCACAAUGUAAGCAGUGAUGGCUGCACCAUGCUGAAUUCCACCCUCCUGUCUGAGUGAGGAGCUGUUUCUUCUCCUGGAGCUUGCCCAUGGUUUAGACAGGGCAGUGAAAGGGAACAAUGUGAGCAUUUAGCCUAUUUUUGGCAAACCAUUCUCUGUGGUUCUGAAGAUGAGAACCCCUCCAUGAUGUUGACACAAUGUUCAUCUAGUAACAACAAAUAUUGUAUGAAAAACUGUAUUCUCUGAGAGUUUUGACCUCACUGUUGUUCCCUAUUCUGACGUGAGCACAGGAGGUCAUUCUUGCCAGAAGAGUUAACACUGUAGCAGGAAGAGCUAAUCAGGUUCUUUUGCCUGGCUCAGCAGCCAUGUGAAAGCUCUGGUGGGAAUGAGGAACAUGUUUUCACCCACUAUAAACCACUGAAUGCUGUAAUUAACAGCAAGGCAAAUUUGUUUAGUCCUUUAAAUGUUAUCUCAUCUUCUGCUAGCAGUGGUCAUCGGUCUGAGAAGUGAUUUUGCAUACAGUCACUGGCAUUGAGAAACAGGUUAAUUUUGAACAGCCAAGGUUUGUCAUAGGAGCUGCCAAUAUCCAAAUGACACAAGUGCUGCUGUAUCAACCCUACCUGUGCAAACUAGAAAACUGCUGCCAACUAGUAUUUCACAAUAGAAGAAAAUAAUGUGCUCAUAAUAAAUUGAAAUGCAUGCUGGGGUGAAAUAUUUUAUGUUUCCACCCAUCUUAGCAGGGGAAUGAGCAUGUUGUUGUCAGAAAGACUAAAUUGGUUUCCAUGAAGUCUGUUCAUAAGAUUAAAUUUACCUUGUAAAAAUUAAAAUAUUUACAUAUAAAAUGCAGCUGUAACCUGAAAAACAUCUACAGGAGUGAUACUUUAGCUGAUCUAUUCCUGUGUGUAUUCUCAGCCAAAUCAGUUUAGUGACAAAUAAGCUUUACCACUUUAUGUGCUGUCGUUAAGCCUUAUAAAAUCAGCACAGCUGUAAAAGGACAAGCUGGAUUCUGUUUCUUUUGAAGCAGGAUUGAGAGAACUGUUUAUUACCAUCUAAUCUGGUAUUUAUGUCUAUCUCACUGAAGAAUAGGUUGUAUAAUUAAGGUUCUAAUAGGUUCUGCAGAGCCUUUACAUUAAAAAUAAAAAUCAAGAUAAUACAUAAACUGAAAAGCCCUCCAGCUUCAACCACAAAGCUGGGAAUUAGGAAGCAAGUAUCAUUCAUUGUAUGCUCUGCACAUUGGAUCUGGCAUCAUUGACACACACUACACAGCAGCCCAUGGUGCCAUUUCUAUAGUUCUUGGUCAGGAAAGAGUCUCUCUCACAAAUUUUAGUGACUUCAAGUCCUUCAUGUAGUGAGCUGAGAAUUUCUUUGGGAGAUUGGUUUCACAGUAGGGCUGGUGUAUAGCCUUUGAUAGCUCCCCUUCCCAGCCCUUCCCAGUUUUUUGGAGUCCUUGGUAAGUAUGUUUUGCCAAGGUGCUGGCUGCUGACAGGAAGCUCUGAAAAGCCUGCCUUAUCCUUCACUUUACCUUCUGAGAUUAACCCAGGAAGACUGUAAACUUCCCAGUCUUCACACUGCCACUAUCUGAGGAUGAAUUUGACUUCUAAGGCAAUCUUUGCUUGUUAUUCUCCCUCUCUUAUGAUUAUCAAUAAAGUCUUCAGUUACAUCAGUGGUACUCCGUGGAAAGAAGGUGAUGAUAAGAGGAGAAGGUUAUUAUGAACUGGUGCAGCUCCAAUCAGAUCAUGUUGUCAUGUUAGGCACUGCAAAACCAUACAGUCCAGCAAAAUCUUGGACCAUAACCCUGUGUAGGCUGGAAAGAAGGCCUUGUGUUUACUUUUAAACAUUUAUCUUGUAUUGCUGCUUACAAUUGAAAACCUGGAUUCCUGGCACCAGAGUUAAACAGGAAGCUUUUUGGCUCCUUGUUGGUACCAGUGGCUAUCACCAAAAUGAUCUGAUCAAACCAGAAGCACAGCAAAUCCACUUACCUUUCAUAUCUUACCAAUGCAUCUCUCUCACAUCUUUUGCUUCCAGUGUUUAGGACUUGACAUUUUUCCUAUUCAGAGCUGCCUGCUCUUGCUGGCCAUGGCUAGGUGUCCUCUGCACACAGAGAACCACACUGCUUCUCUUUGUAACUCCCAGCAAUCACAGUUUGAUUCAUACAGACACGAGCCCAUGCCAGUAGCAUUCCAAUCUGCUUGAGAAGUUAGGAAACAUUUUGUAGUUUCAAACCGGUUACAUCACCUCUGGGUUGCAAUUGCAGCCUGUAUCUUUGUAAAUGCUCAUUUAGUGUUUGAUUUUGUGUUUAAUAACAGCAGCAAAUACCUGGACUUAGUGUUCUUGGAAGUGAUCCUGACCCAUAUUGGCAUUAAUUAGAGUAAUCCCACUUCUAAAAGUAGCUGUUUGAUGGAAGAGGAGGUUGGUGAUUUGCAGCCAAAAAGUUGCAACUGUUGGCAGAAAUAUUGGGUGUCAAAACCUGCAGAAAAAAGCACACACUGCCCUCCCAGCUGAAAGGCUCUGUUAGCACUGCCAUGCUGUGAGGUAGUCAGAACAAGGGGGUUUUAUUAACAUUCCUGGAAAAUCUGCUGGCUCCUGGUUUUUCUGAGCGUGGCUGACUCUCCAGUUCAAAUUGUGACCCAGCUGAGAGACCAAAGGAAGAAGGCCCACCUGAAAGAUCACAUACUCAUUCAAAAUGGGUGGAUUGCAACAAGUAGGAUAAGUCAGUGGUUCUAAAGAGUUCAAGCCAGGUUACCAGUUAUCCCUGCCCAUUCUGCCAGUAUCCUUUGCUGUCCAAAGGAACUCUUCUGACUCCCUACAUACUGUAAUUGUAUUUCUUUAGUCUGGUGUUGUGUUGGGGAGACAUUUAUUUUCCAAUUCAUGCCUCAUUGUUUUUGCACUGUAGAAUGAGGUAGCCACAAAAAAGACAACUUGGCACUAAAAGUUAAUUCAGGUGUCUUGAACUAUUUGAUUCAUGUUAGAUCCUAUGUUGACAGCUAUGGUUAGAUUUUUACUUUGCUGUACAAGAUCUUUUCCUCUUUCUCUGUAAUAAUAUCUAAUACAGAAAAAAACAGAUAUCUCACCCUUAAUUAAGAUCACAGGGCUUUAUUUAUGAUAGCCACUAUUCCAGUAAGCUACAUGGAAAUGCUUGCAAGACUAAGCUAAGUUUGAGAUGGCCUUCCCAGAAGAUUAAAUUAUCUUUUGAAGUGAUUUAUUCAGUGGAAAUGAGGAAGCAUCAUUUCACCAGCCCGCAUAGGUCAUCUAUCUCCUUAGGAACAGGUUGAAGAAUUUGAAACCCGUAACAUAAUAUGUGAACAUCCAUCUGGCAGGAAAGAUCAAAAUUGUAUUAUUAAGUGCCAAUACAUUCCUGACAUUUUAAUAGGCAGAAAAGAUAGGGAUAAAGCUGCAGAAAUCUCUUAGGAGGAUGGGUAGUAACAAUACUGUCAUUUGCUGUGGCUUUAUGGGUGUGGGCCAUCAGUUUCCCCUCUCAGCACACACUUGUGCAGGCAGAUCUGUGUAAAAGGACAGGCAGAUACAAAAAAUCCAUGGGCUUAGACCUUUACCAGCCAAUUUUCCAGAAGAGCAUGACUCCAUAAUAGAAUCUGGCAUCUCUUCAUCCCACCACUAUCCUUGCCUGCUCUUUCAGUGCCACCAGCUGUCCAAAUGAAUGUAUGAUUCCCUCCUCUCCAUCAUCAUGUCUCCUUUUUUGAAUGUUACGUGGUGGUGCUGGAUUGGCCAGAGCUUUUCAUCAGUAACAGACAUGUUUGGUUUCUGAUUCCUUACUCAUGCCUUAGCUCUGCAGCAGGCAGCAGCAAGGAAAUGGGCCUCAUCCCUUUGGGGCUUUGCUGCCCGUGUUCACCAUUCCCUAAUUCAUUAUUCCAGAGCUACCUGUCUCAGUAAUACUGUGCGGAGAGGCUGAACUGGAUCUCAGCUUCUCUGUGUGUUUAUGAGAGUGAGAGAAAAAAUAUGCAAGACAGAGAAUGGACAUCUGGAUGCUAGACACAAACAUUGGGCCACUUUCCUGCAGAGGAGAAUGGGAUGUUUUAGGGGAGUAAGAACUAGAAUGGGUUGUAGGGCAUUUAAAUCUCAGGUUGGUUGUUCAGGUCUGCCCAGAAGAGUAGCAAUUGGAAGUUCCCACCUGCUGGUCAUGGAUACCUGUGCCAGUGCUGUGUGAUAGCUUGAGUAGUUCCUCAUUUCUGCAGUUUGUUCCUGCAGACACCAUUUUCAGUUGGCAUUUUCACUGGCUCUCGAAAGUAAAUCACCUUUUCCAGCUGCAGCUCAGGUUUCCUGCCAAGAAACUGGAGUUGUUCCCUGGACUUUCUGUCAGUAGUUAGUGAGCUGAGUGAGGUAUCUGCCUGAUUUGGAUUUGUACAGGCUGGGGCCUUUUCAGUCUGGAGGGAGACUUCUACAUGGUCUACAACUAAAUAAAGAAGAAUAGGCCACUUUAUUAUGCUGUCAUCCCUUUCACUGCACAUACUCUUGGAGUGAGUUCUAUAUUUGAAGUCAUUUGUUUCUGAAGGCAGAAGGUAUUCUGCCAGCAGAAACCAAGCAAACAGAGCAAAAAAUACCUUGUCUUAACAAAGAGGGCUAGAACUCUACAAAAGUAGCAAAAUUGAUUUGAAAGGAAAUGGAUUAUCACCCAUUAAGGAGUGUUUUAAUGCUUUACAUGAAAGAAGUUGGAUUUUCAGUACAUGGUUGACUGAAACCACAGCUGCUAUCAAAACAGAGCAACCUAGGGAUGAAAAAGACAAGGGUUAAAGAGUAAGGAAUGAGUAUAAGGGGAAAACCUCAGUAGCAGAGGCAGGCAAAAGACAAGCAGGAAGGAUGUGAAAACAAAGGGAAAUAGGUAAGAGAAGUCAGGUCGAGAAAAGGUGUCUCUUCCCACUGGACACUUAUGUUUUCCCAUUCACUUUCUCUCAAAGCCCAAGAUACACGUGCAGAAACCCCAAAUAUCUCAGGCUAUGCAGAAAGAAAAGAUAGAGGAUAAUCCCACAGGUGGCAUAUUUGUUUUGUGCAACUUUUGUGUUCAGUAGCACAAGGAUUAGUGCAUUAACAGUACAUAGACUUCAGAGAGAUGGUUUCACAGGAGAUGGAAGUGCCUCAGGGUUUGCUUCUGUGAAGUCAGUGAGAAUGUUGCUAUUUGCUGCAGUGAGAAGAGAGCCAAGUGCUUAUCUGGCUGUCUUAAAAAUGUUACAAAACAGCAGACUUUAAUCAGUACCUAAAGCCUCCAGGCUUGUCCUGAAGCUGCUUGUUCACCACCUCCUGUUACAUUCUGUGGAGGGCUGUGAGGUCGUUACAAGUUGAGAGCAGGGUUUUUGCAAGGUGCAUCCUUUCCUGGUGUCACUUGUGGUGCCUGGAGUGAUUUCCCCUAUUUUCUCCUUCCUCUCUUACCUGGGUGCUCCAUUUUCACUUGGCUUCUCAGCGUGGUGACACCACUGGGGCUAGGUCAGUGUCAGGCUUCCUAAGAACAGCAGAUGAAGUACUGAGGACUCUGAGGGGUGGUGCAAACUGCCUGCCCAGCUUCGUUGUAUGUUGUUGUGUCUAUCUCUAGCCCUGUUUCUUCCUUUUAGCGCUUAUAUUCAAAUCCAUUCACAGUUUUGACUUCUUUCAUGAUAUUUGGCUGUGACAGUGCUGCACACAGGUGCCCCAAACCAGUUCCUUCUCCAUAAAUGUACUUCUCUCAGCAUCCCUUCAAUACACGACCCUUUCAUAACCUUCAGUGCUUGUUUUCAAACCCAUUCCCUUUCCCUGUCUUGCAGCAAACAGCUCCUUGGUCUAACUCAAAACUGCACAUAUCCAUCUCCUCCUAACAGACAUAAACCUAAUGCUCUGAGCCUCCCCUCCUGCCUCUGAUCCUUCUCUCAGUUUCUCACUCUUUCUACCCUUUACACUUUCUUUGCUCUGUGCUGAUGAACAUUGGCUCUCAAGGGGAAAGAAGACCUUAGUCUGUGCAUGAAACAACAGGGAUGUUCUGAAGAAUCACUGAGCCAAACCUUCAUCCCUGUCCCGAGGAAAUGGGAUGUCAUCUCACUUUCUGAAAUGACAAAGGCAGCCUUUUUGAGGCCCCCUGAUGGACUUACAGGUGUAAAGGCCUAUGACACAUCUUGCACUGAACACUAGGCAUGGAAGAUUGCUGAAAAACCUAUUCUAAUCCAUCAUCACCUGCAUUUUCAAGUCUUGUUUUACUGGAUUUAUAACCUCAAAGGGAACUGUGAACUAACAGGAACAACGCCCUGCACCAUUUUCAUGCUUCCAGCACAGCUGACCCAUUCUUGGGUAUCUCCAGAGUAAAAGUGUGAGGACUCCUUGUCUAUCCAAAGAGCAGUUUGAACACCAGCCCAGCAUCAGUUUUUUCUUGACUGCCAGGACAGGAGGGCAUUAUUACCUACUAUUUAAUUAUAAGUACAAAAGGCAAAGGAAGGAAAGAGUUAGCGAAAUGGCCUAUUUUAGUUUUCAGUAGCUCUCUAAACAUCCCUAAGGAUUUUCUUACUUCCCAUUAAAAUUUUAACUAAAAAAUGAUGAUUGUAAGGAAUCCAGCAGUGAUACAGGCAAAGAAAAGUAGACUGUUAAAUACUUUUGCUGCAAUAAAUCUCCAGGCACUUGAAAGCCGGUAGGGCAUGGGGAGGAGAAAGGGUGGAUGAAACAUGGGCUGCAUAUUUUAGUAGGAUGACUAAAAGUCCUGUAUCAGGACUCAGCAAAUACAAGAUGUAUAAUUUCUGAAGUGUUCUAUUGCUCCAUUCUUGCAAGUUGUACUUUUGUCACUGUUGCUGUCUAUAUGAAAACAAAAAACUUUCCCAGUUCCUGCAGAGCCCUGCUUACUCUGCCCUCAUCUUUCCCUCUAAGCUUGUUAAAUGAACUGCUCAGCUGAAUAACUAGAGAUAUUCCCCUACUCUUUUCUCCCAACCCAGCAGUCUUUUCCUCUCCAGCAUUUUUUUCAGUGCUCUUUCAUUCUCUCUGCUGACUCCAUUUGCUUAUGAAGAUGAGGGGUCCAAAGCCACCUGAGAACCAGAUCUGCCCACAUUCCUGCAUUCAAGGCUGAGUGUUUCCUUUCUUUUUUCUCUUUUCAUUGAAAAAUGGUAUCCACCUAAAAUAAGUAGAAAUGAGUCUGAGUAGAUAAAAAUGAAUCUUUGCAAUGUGUGUGCCCACAAACCUAAAACAGUUCUAGGGAGGCUUAGGGGAAUCUCUGGUAUAGAAGUCACAGAUGUGGAAGAAAUACCCCCUUUCCCAAGCAUUUGCAUGCAUGUGGAAGGAGCAGGUGGAGCUCAGGGAGGCCUGAGCCCGAAGUGACUGAGUUUAGUGAAAGCCUUUCUCUUCUUAGUUGGAAAUUGAGUUAUGUGCUUUGCCUGGUUGGUUGUUUGAGCCCGUCACUAAGGCUUCAGUCAGUUGGGUGAAUGAUGCCCUUCCAGAAACUCACACAGCCUGUUGCUUUUAGCUUUGGUGUAACUGAGUGACAGAACCAGGGCAAGCAGAACAUUGACCACAAAGCGGCAGGCACAGGAAGUCAAGGAAUGAAUUAGAUUAAUAAGAUUCUUCACUGUAUUUGCCAGCCAUUUGAUUUUUCUCAAUGCCCAUUAACAAGCAGGGGAAAGCAGCCACUACCUGGUCAGCAUAGGGCAGGCAAAAAAGAGUAACACAUUAAGUUUGGCAAAGCACAAAUACUAUGCAUUUCCUCUUUCUCUGUAUAAGACAAUGAUGUCUUCUCGUACUUUCCAUUAGAGAAUAAGAAAGUACUCAACAAGCUCUUCAGUCAAAUUGCUGUGCACAGAAAGUACUUGCCUGCUCUAAUUACUGGGUUGCUUAUGUUUGGAAUUAAAGUGCAUUAUGACCAAGCCACCAGUGUCCAGCAGUCUCUGCUAUGAGGAAGCCCUUUGCUCCUGACAGAAUGUUCCCAUCUUGGGGAUGAAAGGUUCCACUCCUCACAGCAUUUUACCACAUUGGAAGGCAGAUACAAGGGGCCUAUUUCCUUACAGGAGCUGGAGAUAGAAAUUAUUUUAAUUUGAUAGAACGGUAGAGCCAACAGUCCCAACAUUGAGAAAACUGUCAUGGGGUUUUAAUGAUCAUGAACAGGCAUCCACCUCCAUUGUGUACAUCAGAUAAAAAACACCUUUAAUAUCCAUGCUCAAAGUGUGACCCCUCCUAUGUUUGAUAAAGAUUAAUCCCCCAAUCAAAAAAAAAAAAAACCAGAAAGAGGACUAAAAAUCCCAGAAAAAGGCUACCUUUCCAGAGGUACCUGCUCCCUGUCCCUCAGUAGCACCCCAGAGCCUUUCCUGAAGUAUGACUUUGUGCACACCCUAACAUAGAAGUAGAUUAAGAGCAUAUGACCAUGCUUCCUGGAGGCCCACAUGGCAAAAAGGCUGUAUUCAUGUGCCCAGUCCUUGUUAACACUGCAGCCUGAUCUAGGGGCUGGCUGAAGGACAUGCCUGUUCCAGUAGCACAGAGCUCCACCUCCUCUCUGGCUCCUAACUGCACUGGAAUGCAUGCCAGGGCCAUGGAGGCUGUGCUGUGGAGAGAGCAUUCAUUAAGGACAGGGAGGUAGUAGGUCUUGACCCUGGCAGAAGCAGGCAGAUGUGUAACAGCCUGCUUCCACAUUCAGCAUCUUCAUUUCCAGGUACCUGUUUUGGGAGGAUGUGAAGGUGCUUAGAAGCCUGUGAGUGCAAACCACAGACCACUCACUCAGAUGGCAACACUCAUCUCAGCCGUAGCUCAUUUUCCAAAUGAUCUGGGACCACUCAGGUGCUUCAGGCUUAGUCAUGACAGGGUAGCAAGGAGAAACUCAAGAAUGGAAUAAAAUGCAAGCAAGGAAAGCCUGAUGCCUGGUCUAGACAGAGAGCUUAGCAAGGCUGCAAAGUAAAGCAUCAAUGGGCAGCCACAUGGAAAUACCCUGUGUUUGCAACAACAGGAGUAGGAUGGGAUUUGCCUGUGUCCAGCAUUACAGUCACUGACACCUCCAUGUGAAGUGGCCAAGUGAAUCCUAGCAAUGGAAUGACCUAUUUCAGUCGUGGUACUGUGUCCUCCUGCCAGGUGAGACAGCAAUGCUUCCCCACUAAGGAAAAACUAGGAACUUCCCCCUAGGUGCUUUAUGCUCCCAGGUUCUUUAUUUCUGUAGGUGUCCCAUCCUAAACACUCUUCCUCUUCCUGCUCAUUGUCUUCAUCCCCCACACACCCCCACGCACGUGGCUCUGGAUCUCCUCAUCAUGUUCUUCUCGUUAAAAACCCCAUUGUUCAUUUGUUUGUUUGUUCUCUCUCUUUCUCUUCUCUUUUUCUCUCUCUUUCCCUCUUGUUUUUUUUUUUUCCUUCUUUCUUUCUUUCUUUUUUUGUCUCCUCUGUUUUG